ACUUUAUACUAAUUGGAAAUCAUCAACAAAAAUCCAACGUAGAAAGAUAAGAUUGCAAGAAAAGAGCAUGAGAUAAGCACAAAUGUCAGCCUCUAGUGUCCCGAAAUAAAAGAAAUUAAUAAUUAUAUAAUAUAAUAAUUAAACAAUAAUAAUAACUAGACAGCUGAUAAUUAUGCAACCCGUUGUUUUCGUUCUAAAUAUAAAAACAUAAAAACAUAAGAGUAAGGAUCAUCUACAGUAUGAUUCAAAAUAGAAACUUGAUCUUAUACAGUUUUAAAAGAUGUGUUUUGUUAAAGUGAUGAUAUUAGAACGUAUGGUCAAGUUCCAUUUGGGUGUAUGGUCUCAUUUUCUUUUCAAUAAUUGAAAAUACAAAUUCUGAAAAAUAAAUAAGCCAAAAGAAAGAAGAAUACUAAGAUUGUAUUUUCUUAAAUUAAAAGUGGAGCCCACAAGUUUAAAUUUCUGGUGUACUCAGCAGCAGCUGACCAGGCGACCGUUGAUAAAGCAAUCAUAUAAUUCGUGAGCCUUUAGGCUUCAUUUUCAAUUUCACUGACAGAUACACUUUAAAAUAUGGAGUAUAUAAUUAUACUGUUAUAUAAGUUAAAAAGGUCGAAAAUGUUACUAUAAGUUACAUGAAUUAAUUAUUGUACGUGGUUUCCUGAUAAGGAGUCACAAGUCAGAUUGCCAUAAUAUAUAUCAAAUAACCUUGAAAAAAACUCAUCGCUAGGUACCAUACUACCAUAAGUUAACAGGGACUUUUUAUCUAGUGUUGACAUCCACGUUUUGAGCCUAAUAAAUCAGUUUAUCAUCUUUUUCUUUUGCUGGGUGAUUGUUUACUUUAACCUAUUACUGAAUUUAGUUGCUGCAUCGUAGUGAGAUUGUAGAAACUUUUGUGUAUUUUUUGGUUUAUAAGCCUAAUUAAUUAAUAUACUAGUUGCCAAAAUGAAGCUCCACGGCCACUCGGCCAGAAUGUAUAGACAAUUUCAAGGAGAGAGUGACUUUUGAUGUCAUUUAUUGUGAUGGGUGUAUUUAGUUUGUUGCUCAGCCAGCCAAUCCUAUGGUUUGACAUCUUUAAUCCAAAUAUAUAAAUGAAAUUUUUUAAAGAAAGGCAAGAAAUGACAAGAAAAAGUUUCGAUGAAAUGAAAGCUAACCUAAUGUAUUACUCUACUUUAGGGGUAAUCGAGUUUUAAGAUCACACACCACAAUGAUUCAAAGGGUUGCCACUAUUCUUAUGCACACAAGAUACAUCAAUCAGUCUUUCAUUUUUAACAGACAUAACAUUUUAACGUAAGAAUAGUAUCAUCUCUUUUCUUUUUUCUUUAGAAGAGAAUAUUAUCAUCUAUAAUUUAUUAUCAUAAUGAAAACUUUGCCAAUCAAUACACAACUAACGAAACAAUACAUCAAACUCACGGUUUUAAGUGGUAUAGAUUUUUCUGGUUUCUUUCAGUAUCUUCUUUGGUUCCAACAACUUGAUCAACAAUUUUAUUAUUCUUCAAACUUAUUUCUUCGAACUUCAGCCAUUAUUUUAUUCAUAAAGAAAGAAAAGAGAAAAGUCGAGGUUUAUGUUGACUUGUGUGAUCUUAUAGUUGACAAAUUUUACGACCUUUCAGCGUGAACUCUGAAUUUUGAACGAACCAUUCGUCCAGCUCUUACCGAACGCGUUUUGUUUUAUUAACUUCUCAUAUUUUAUUACAUAUGAUUUGGACAUCAUGUUAUGGAAGAUAUGUGCUAUAAACCCGUCAAAGCUGUCAUUUGCAUGACUAAUAUAUAUAUAAAUGAUUUAAAUCCGGCUUGUUUCUUGCAACAUACUAAUAUACAUAUUUUCUUUACUGAUAUUACUAUACAUGUUUCACUAUUUGUUAAGUUUAAUAAAUAACUAAGACAUAUUUUUAACAAAAGGACAUGAUAGUUUAUGCAGUAAUCUUUAUAAAAUAACAUUCAGUAAAUUAGUAAACUAUUAGGUUCAUGAUUAAAAUUUUAAUUUAAUAAAUUCAUAUAUUUAUAAAAUAAUAUUUAUUAUUUAUGACCUAUCAUAUAAUAUUUAUUAAAUUAAUGUUUGAUAAACUACAUUAUUAUUUUAUUUUUGAUUUGAUAAUUUAUUUAUAAGUUAAUAUCAUUCCAAACCAAAAAUAUUAUUAUUAUUAUGAUGUUAUUAAAGUAUACAAUUUUUCUGAAUUUUUUUAAUUCAAAACCCUAUGAAGUCCAAGUAUAGAAUUCACAAUCUUUAAUUAAAACAUAUUGAAUUGAUGAUUCCUUUUCUUACAAGUAGAUUAUAAUGUUUCAAGUAGAUUGUAGUAAUGUUUCAAGUGAAAGCUUUUUAAUGGUUUAAUUGAGUUUUUUAAGCUGCCGAAAAUGUUUUCCGGUGGAAUUUAAAUAAAAGGUACACACGCGUAAGGGUAAAACAGGCAAUUCAUAUAUAUUAUUUUUGCUUGAAAAGCUGUAUAAAGUUGCAGUCUCUCUGACAUAAAGCUCUGUCUUCAAAGGGAUAAAAAAAACAGAGCAACGUCUUCAUAGGAAAAAAAAAACAGAGCAACGUCUUCGUAAAAAGUUAAAUUCAAAAAAAAAAAACAGAGAAGGAUCCAGAGAGAGAUGGGAGAAGUGGUGAUAAUCAUUGAUGAGACGAAGCGUUCAAAACAGAGAAUAUCGCGUUGCAGAAUCUGUCACGAAGAAGAAGCAGAAAGUUUCUUCGAAGUCCCGUGUGCUUGCUCUGGAACCGUUAAGUUCGCGCAUAGAGAUUGCAUACAACGUUGGUGUAAUGAGAAAGGAAACACCACUUGUGAAAUCUGUCUUCAGGUGUACAGACAUGGAUAUACAGCAAUUCCAAAACCAACCAAGAUGAUCGAAGAAGAAGAAGUCACGAUCAGAGAAGGUGGAGGAGGAAGAAGAAGAUUAGUGUCUAUAACCGAACCAGACUUUACUCAGUCUAACUCUGUUGCUACUUUCUUCAGAUCAUUAACUUUCACUCUAGCAGUGUUGUUGUUGAUGAAACAUACAUUCGAUGUGAUUUAUGGAACGGAGGAGUAUCCAUUCACUGUAUUCACGGUACUAACAUUAAAAGCCAUUGGAAUUUUAUUGCCAAUGUUCAUUAUCAUUCAAACAAUCUCAGCUAUUCAGAAAAAUAUCCGUCGUCGACAGCAAUAUCCUGAUUCUGAGGAAGAUACGUUGAGCUCCUCUGACGACGACGAAGAUGAGUUGGACGAUGAUGAAGAGCAACAACAACAUUUGGCAUAAACACGCAUAUUAACCGAGAUUAACUAUUCUUUUUUUUUAUUUCUUCUAAUUCAUUUUCUUUUCUUUCUUUUUUAAACGAAAAGCAUCUAUUCGAUGCUCAUUGUACAAUCAGUACAAAUAAAAAAUAAAAAGAGAGUAAAUUUACAUAUAA